GGAAGAAGUACGGCGCGCGGCGAGGGCCAUUCCGAGCAGUCUGUCUCGGAGAGUUGACAGAGGGGCCUCAGAGGGGUGAGCUGCGGGUGCCGUGGGUUCCGCCUGCCGCCCCCCCGCCCCAGGCCAGCCCCGGUGCUCUCGCAGGGCCGCCCGCCUCCGCAGCCUCGUUGCCACCGGAGCCAGCUCUUCAGGCGUGGACGCCGGGGCCGAGGCGGUGCGGCCAUGGACUUCUCCAAGUUCCUGGCGGAAGACUUCGACGUGAAGGAGUGGAUCAACGCGGCCUUCAGGACGGGCCCCAAGGAGGCGACGGCCGGGACGGCGGACAGCCACGCGGCCACCCUGGUGAUGAAGCUGCAGCUCUUCAUCCAGGAGGUGAACCACGCCGUGGAGGAAACAAGUCACCAGGCUCUUCAGAACAUGCCCAAAGUGCUCCGUGAUGUGGAAGCCCUUAAACAGGAGGCGUCUUUCCUGAAAGAGCAGAUGAUUCUUGUCAAGGAGGACAUUAAAAAAUUUGAACAGGAUACAUCCCAAUCGAUGCAGGUGUUGGUAGAAAUCGACCAGGUGAAGUCUAGAAUGCAGCUUGCCGCAGAAUCUCUUCAAGAAGCAGACAAGUGGAGCACAUUGAGUGCUGAUAUUGAGGAGACGUUUAAGACUCAAGACAUAGCUGUGAUUUCUGCCAAGCUGACAGGUCUGCAGAACAGUUUAAUGAUGCUUGUGGAUACUCCAGACUACUCAGAAAAGUGUGUGCACUUGGAGGCCCUGAAGAACAGGCUGGAGGCCCUGGCCUCCCCGCAGAUUGUAGCGGUAUUCACCUCUCAGUCUAUAGAUCAGUCCAAAAUGUUUGUGAAGGUGUUUACUGAAAUUGACCGGAUGCCCCAACUGCUCGCCUACUACUACAAAUGUCACAAGGCGCAGCUUUUAGCGACCUGGCAGGAGCUGUGCCAGAGUGACCUCCCUCUGGACCGGCAGCUCACCAGAUUCUACGACGCCCUGCUCGGGGCCUGGCACACGCAGAUCCAGUGGUCUACGCAGGUCUUCAAGAACCCCCACGAGGUGGUGACCGUGCUGCUGAUUCAGACUCUGGGGGCCUUGCUGCCCACCCUGCCUGACUGCCUCAGCUCAGGCGUGGAGAGGGCAGGGCCUGAGCUGGGGCUCCUCAAGCUCCUGGAGUUCUACGAUGCCACCGCCCACUUUGCCCAGGGGCUGGAGAUGGCGCAGCUCUCUCGCCCACAUGAGUACAACCUGGUGAAAGUCACAGAGCUGGUGGAGGCUGUAUAUGGUCCAUACAAACCUUACCAAUUGAAGUAUGGCGACAUGGAAGAGAAGAACGUCCUCAUCCAGAUCAGCGCUGUGCCCUUGGAGCACGGGGAGGUCAUUGACUGUGUGCAGGAGCUGAGCCACUCUGUGAACAAGCUCUUCGCUCUGGCUUCUGCAGCUGUUGACAGAUGCAUCAGAUUCACCAAUGGCCUCGGGACCUGUGGCUUGCUGACAGCACUGAAAUCCCUCUUUGCCAAGUACGUGUCCGAUUUCACCAGUACUCUCCAGUCGAUACGAAAGAAGUGCAAGCUGGAUGAUAUUCCUUCCAACUCGCUUUUUCAAGAAGAUUGGACAGCUUUUCAGAACUCCAUUAGGAUAAUAGCUACCUGUGGCGAGCUCCUGCGGCAAUGUGGGGACUUCGAGCAGCAGCUAGCAAACAGGAUCUUGUCCACAGCUGGCAGGUAUCUCUCGGACUCCUACAGCCCUCGGAACCUGGCCGGCUUUCAGGACAGCAUCUUGACAGACAGGAAGAGCUCUACCAGGAACCCAUGGCAAGAAUAUAAUUACCUCCAGAAAGAUAACCCUUCCGAAUAUGCCAGUUUAAUGGAAAUACUUUAUACCCUCAAGGAAAAAGGGUCAAGUAACCACAACCUACUGUCUGCAUCUCGCAUGGCCCUGACUCGACUUAACCAGCAGGCCCACCAGCUGGCUUUCGAUUCCGUUUUCCUGCGCAUCAAACAGCAGCUGCUGCUUGUUUCCAAGAUGGACAGCUGGAACACAGCAGGCAUUGGCGAGACCUUGACCGACGAUCUGCCCACCUUCAGCCUCACCCCUCUCGAGUACAUCAGCAAUAUUGGGCAGUAUAUCAUGUCCCUCCCCCUGAAUCUCGAGCCUUUUGUGACUCAGGAGGACUCUGCCUUGGAACUGGCGCUGCAUGCUGGGAAGCUUCCCUUUCCUCCUGAGCAAGGGGAUGAGCUGCCUGAGCUGGACAACAUAGCUGAUAACUGGCUGGGCUCCAUUGCCAGAGCCACCAUGCAGACCUACUGUGAUGUGAUCCUGCAGAUCCCUGAGCUGACCCCGCACUCCACCAAGCAGCUGGUCACCGACAUCGAUUACCUGAUCAACGUGAUGGAUGCCCUGGGCCUACAGCCAUCUCGCCCCCUGCAGAACAUUGGGACACUCUUGAAGAGCAAACCCGAGGACUACAGGCAGGUCAGCAAAGGCCUGCCCCGUCGCCUUGCCGCCACGGUGGCUGCCAUGCGGGGUGUGGAGUACUGACCCCCACCCCCGGACACCCAGUUAAGAAGAGGCACAGGUCUGGGGUCCUGGGGUCACAGAAACUCUCCAGAAUGGAGUUGCUCAAAAAAUCUGCCCAGCGUUGGACAGGGUUUGUCUUAAAAAGAUGCGGUUCAUUUGUAUAAUCAAAAAAAGGGGUUGUAAUUAGAGGUAUAUUAUUUAUUAGAGCAGGGUUUUCAGAUGAUUUUCUAAAAGAUCCGAUCUUGAAAAUGGAAUUGAUAAAUAUUGUGAAAAGAAAGCUGUUUUCUUUCCUCCAUGAAUAUUUGGGUGCCCGCCCAUGUGCCGUGCUCCAAGCACCAGGACCCGGCCGGGAAGGAGGGGAAGAGGCACAGAGAAGGUGAUGUCAGACUGUGGCACCAGGGAAACAGAGUGCAUCUGGGGGAGGGGCAGCCCCCACACCAGCAGGUCAGACAGGUGUAUGGCAGUGAGGGACCCGUGUGGGCCAGGCCCCGGGGGCACGUCCAAGGUCAGUGGCAUGGAAGUAGGAAGUCAGGUCAGAGGGGCGGUGGGGGCCAGACCACAGACUGGCCUGUAGGCCGUGGUGAGGACUUGGGCUUUUGCUUUGUCUUGUUUUGAAACUCACGGAUCAUGUGGAUUCUGUCAGGGUUUUUGCCAGUAGCUUCUGUACCUGUUAAGACUGUAAUUGGCCACAAGUAACAGAAUAGUGUAAUUUGAGUGACUUUAGCAAAUAGGUGUUGAUUUUUCUCAAUAACAAGAAGUCACACGGUGGUGGCUGUGGGCACUGACUCAGUGGCUGGAUGGAGUCAGGACCAGGACUAGCCUCCUGGUGAUCUGGACCUUUUCCUCGUGUGUCUCCUCCUGGUGGGCUGACUCCUGCAGCUGCAGGUAUCACAUCCGCAUUUUGGUGGGUGAUGAAGGCAGAGAGGGCAUGGCCCCUUCCACCGUGGAGGCAGAGGCCUCCCCGCUGGCCCCCGCAGCUUUCUCCUUGGCCUCACAGGCUGUUUCUUGGUCACCAGGCAUCCCCCCGGCUGCAAGGGAGGCUGGGAACGUGGGGUCAGGGCUGGCUCCGGCCAGGGUUUCUCAGCCUGGGCACUAUUGUCGUCUUGGGCUGUCCUGACUGCUGUGCACCAGAUGCUGGUGGCACUCCCCAGCUGUGACAGCCAGAAAGGCCUCCAGACGUUGCCUGAGGGAGGACAGACUCCCCUCUAGCAGGGAAAGCCUGGCUUAGACCAAGCAGGAUUUGUUGCCCUGAGGAAGCUGGGUUUCUGUGAGCAAGGGAGAAGGGGGGCAGUGUCUCUAGGCGCCCAUUAUUGGAAUCGACGUGCAGCGUGUUCCCGCUUCUGGACACGCGUUACUUCUCUCUCCCUUAUGCCCCUCCACAGCCUCCGAGGCAGCAUGUAUCAUCCCUGUCUUACACCCGAGGGAACCAAGGUGGGAGAGGUGUAAGGGGCUUGUCUGGAGUCCCUGGCACCGUGGCUGCCGCAGUCCUGACCACGGAGCGGGAGGCAGGCAGCACCGCCUGGCCCCAGCUGGGUCCGCCGGCUCGUGCUGGCUCUCGGGAGCGGCACCGCCGCGCCCACGGCCCCUCGUGAACCAGCCCCUCCAGGCUGCCAGGGCAGGUGUCGCACUGGCUCUGUCAUCCAGGGGUUCCCAUGCGCUCUGUCCUCACAUCCUCGGAACCAGUUUUGCUGGCCCUGAAAGAACCGUGAGUCUGCACCAAGAAAAAUAUUUUGGUUUCUCAUGUGGUGGAUCACAGACUGUCCCUGGCAGGGAUCGAGCCUGGCUCCUGCCUCGAAGAAGCGAGAGCCGGAAGCCUGGAAGGUGAAAUGUGCUGUGGAAAGUGGAAAUCUCUUUGGGGUGACCUCUGUGCCAGUGUCUGUAAGAGCUGCUUGAUUCCUGGCUUUGCCACCUCCCAGCCAUGUGACCUUGGGGAAGUCACGUCAAGUCUCUGAGCCUCCUUUCCUAAUGUGAAAAACGGGAGCCAUGGUGGUCCCUAACUCAGGGUUAUUUGAAGAGCCACCGAGAUACAGCAGCAGGUGAAGCACAUAGCAAGUGCACAGUGAAUGUUAAUUUCAUAGUCUCUAGUGUCUGUAACCUACCAUCCCUUUUGGGGUAAAGAUGGGAAUUACAGAAUGCUAUUUUCUGGGCACUUUGGGUCCUGCCAGCCUAACUUUUCAGCCCUGAAAGUCUCUGAUGGCCCCAGGGUGGGAACAGGACAGAGCUCCUCUCCUCCAUAUCCGGAGGGAUGAGGGGAACCUGUCUGUCUGCCUCAGAGCCUGCUUCGGAGAUGGGGUGUCAUCCGUCUUCACCCUGGCCCUCAAGGCUGCCCUACGAGCAGGGGUGGCGCUGCCCCCCAUCAGCCUGGCCUUGCUGUCACACGUCCACACAGAGCUCUGGGGGCAGGGAGCACCCUUCCCACUCCUGCUGCAAAACAUCCCGGGCAGAACCUCUGAGUUCAGGAUGAGUAUGUGGCCCAGGCCGACCCAAUGGCCUUCAUUCUCGGGGCUUUUGCUGGGACAGUGUACAAGAAAGGGGAGCUUUUCUCCCACUGAAGUUGCUCAGCGGACAGAAUGGAGUCUGGAACCUGUUGGGGUAAGAGCAGCACAUGGAGAGAACCUAUUUGAGUGGGACAUCAACACAGAGGAAAAUAAAGCCAGGAGCUGAAGAAAUAAAUCACCCCCACAGCAUCAGAUGAGACAGUAAAGACGAAAGCCCUGGGCUCCUGUAAGGGACCGGCAUUCUUAUGACCACUGGCAGCAAGAGGAUGAGGCUGGGGUUUUACCUGUCACAUACUAGAAGAGUGAUCUCAGGCAUCUGACUUCACCUCCCUGAGUCUCAACUUACUACCUGUAACAUGGAAUGGCAAUAGUUCUCCGUGGUUAUGAGAAUUAAAUGGAAUAAGACUUACAAAACACUUGGCCUGGCGCCUGGCAUGGGGUGUUUGAUACAAUGUAGCCAUUAUUUGAUGCCAACAACAAAUAAUAACAGUGGUGACAACUAGCCCUCAUAAUAAAAGCAGUAGUCCUAGGAGUAAACGUGGUAACCACCAAGAACUGACUCCAGCCUGCAGACUCGCCUGGCCCCGAGCUGGGAAACCCGGCUUCCCCUGGGCCCUCCACACACAAUCCCUGACAGUGCUGCCUUUGGCCACAGUGGCACCAAGUCUUUGGCACCUCCUUCCCCCACAGGUGCCACUGUGGGCACUUAAUGGGAGGCCAGCUUGUUUGCCGUCCCAGCCAAGGACCCAGUUGUUCUAGACAGGCAGGAAUGAGCCCUCAGAUGCCCAGGCUCCUUCACGACUGGGGCUGGCAGGUGGUCAGCCAUCAGCACCCGACAGACCCCUUUCUUCUUUGGCAACAGCUCCCUGAUCGCUCUGGGGAGAGCCAUCAUGUUUCCCAUAUGUAGCAAUUAAAAAUACAAGACACUUAGUUAAACUUGAAUUUCAGAAAAAUAAAUGAUUAGUAUAAUAUCUCCCAAAUAUUAUAUGGAUUUACUUAUAUUAAAAAAUUAAUUUGUUGUUGAGGAGCCUGGUUGGCUCAGUUGGUUGAGCGUCACAUUCUUGAUCUUGGCUCAGGUCGUGAUUUCUCAGUUCAUGAGUUCAAGCCCCUCGUGGGGCACUGUGCUGACAGUGCGGAGCCUGCUUGGGAUUCUCUCUCUACUCCUACUCUCUCUCUCACUCUCUCAAAAUAACUAAACUUAAAAAAAUUAAUUUGUUGUUUAUCUGAAAUUCAUAUAUAACUUGGCGGCCUGUAUUUUAUCUGGCAAUCCUUGGAGCCAUGACCCUCCCCCCCACCCCCCCACCUCCCCCGCCACCACCUUAGAACCAUGUGAUUCUGCUGGGGGCCACCUGGCCUCAGGUAUGGGCAGAGGCUGACCAAUCCAAGCAGCCUAUGCAGCUGGUCACACUGAUUGGUACAGAGAUAAGCACAUUACCCAGCCAGUGACCAAUGAGAGUCCACCUGGGAACGUACUGAAACAACUGGAAAAAAGGUAUUUUCUCCUGUUGACUGAGCUGGGGAGCUGGGGAGUUUGGGGUUGCAGAUGGGCUUUCUUGCUGUAAUGUAAGGAGAGCCUGCCUGGGAGAGCAGAGAGACUGAAACAUCAUUUGAGCUGCUUGAGAUUCAUUUAAGCCAGCUUGAGUCUUACUCUCUCCAUCUCUGUCUCUGCUAUCCAAAGAAGUAUAGUUGAUGGCAUUUGAAAAGUCAUAAGUCCACUGCAUCAAGGACAACCCAAAAAGAACUUUAAAAAUCACCUGCUUGGAUUUCCCUGAUGAACAUGGAUGCAAAAAUCCUCAACAAGAUAUUAGCUAACUGGAUCCAACAAUACAUUAAAAAAAUCAUUCACCACGACCAAGUGGGAUUUAUACCUGGGAUGCAGGGCUAGUUCAAUAUCCACAAAACAAUGUGACUCAUCACAUCAAUAAAAGAAAGGACAAGAACCAUAUGAUCCUCUCAAUAGAUGCAGAGAAAGCAUUUGACAAAAUACAGCAUCCUUUCUUGAUAAAAACCCUCAAGAAAGUAGGGACAGAAGGAUCAUACCUUGAGAUCAUAAAAGCCAUAUAUGAACGACCCAAUGCUAAUAUCAUCCUCAAUGGGGAAAAACUGAGAGCUUUCCCCCUAAGGUCAGGAACAAGACAGGGAUGUCCACUCUCGCCACUGUUAUUCAACAUAGUAUUGGAAGUCUUAGCCCCUGCAAUCAGACAACACAAAGAAAAAAAAGGCAUCCACAUUGGCCAGGAGGAGGUCAAACUUUGACUCUUCGCAGAUGACAUGAUACUCUAUAUGGGAAACCCAAAAGAUUCCACCAAAAAACUGCUAGAAUUGAUUCAUGAAUUCAGCAGAGUUGCAGGAUAUAAAAUCAA